AUGUCGGAUUGGGGCCCAGUGUUUGUGUCAUUGGUGCUGUUUGUGUUGUUAACACCAGGCUUGCUAUUCCAGGUACCUGGAAGGUCAAGGUGUGUGGAAUUUGGCAACUUUCAAACUAGUGGUGCUUCCAUACUCAUCCACUCACUCCUCUAUUUUGGUCUCAUCUGUGUGUUCCUUCUCGCUGUUAAGGUCCACUUAUGUAAUUUGUGGAGAGUGAUGGCUGAUUGGGGUCCAGUGGUGAUAUCAGUGGUGUUAUUCGUGCUAUUAAGCCCAGGAUUGUUGUUUCAGCUGCCAGGAAAGGGAAGGGUGGUGGCGUUUGGGAGCAUGCAAACCAGUGGCCUUUCUAUCUUAGUCCACACUAUCAUCUUCUUUGGACUCAUCACCAUAUUUCUACUUGCUAUUGGUGUGCAUAUCUACUCAGGAUAAUCACCCCCUACCAA